AUCAGCUCCUCUUCUGCUUCUCACGUCUUCCACUGACCUUCUGAAUUUUUUAGUGAUGCAAAUAUGAUAGAUGUGGUUCUGUGUAGUGUGAUUUGGGGAAACCCAUGUAGCUUUGUAUAUGGGUUUGUGGAGGAAUAUUGUGCCGCCUAUAACCAUUUCGUUAGAUAUACAUAAACUUGCAAAUAUCUCGCCAUUCUCAUUCCUUUUUGCCAGUCCAUGUCGUCCCAUGAUAUCUUCAUAAUCGUUGUCGUCCAUUUCGACAUUCGAAUGUACGUCUCCCAUCAGGAUAGUCAGGUUUUUUCCUGAGCACUUCGCUAUGAUCGAUUGCAGCCUCUCGUACAACUGAUCUUUAAUGACGUCAUCGCUAUCAUUGGUGGGCGUAUAACAUUCGUUGUGAUUCCCUCCUUUGUUUUAAAGGAUACUUUAGUGAUCCUGGGUCCAUGACAUUCCCAUUCUAUAAGUGCUUUUCAUGCUUCUUUGGACAUCAUCAGAGCGGCUCCUUGCGUGUGUGAAGCGUUUUCAUCUUCAUGAUCAGAGUACAUCAUCCCUCCUGAAUCUAUCCUUUUCUGUCCAGCCUGGUUUCAUCGAGUUUCACUUAUUUCGAGCACUACCAAGCUGUAUCACCUCAUUUCCGUAGUUAUUUGAUUGGUCCUCUUAGUCUCCCACAUUGCCUGAAAAUUCCAUGUAUUUAUUUUCCUCGGGUUGUUAGGUGGGGCAUCGGCUUCGUGAUUAACGAAGAAUCGUGGCUUUCACCAUGAGGCCUCAUAAUUCUUCUGAAUGAAGAUUUAAAUUGUCUUUUCCGGGAUAGGUAGGUUUAUCACAUCGCUAAACCUUCCUCGUUUACCCAGAAUCGGGACCGGAUGUAGUCCCAGAAGAGCUGCCGUCGGGUAAAACAUGAUUUCAAUUAGUUUAAGGUUUUCGGGCUAGAAUUUAGGGUUAAAAGUUAAAGGAAGUGUUUUUAUUAAAAACUGACUAUUUCUAAUGCCAAAAUGCCAUCUAACUAUAUGAUGAAUGGAUUUCAUACCGAAAUCUAAGACUUACUACCCUUAAUUUCACUGGUUUGUCCAUUAAUUAAGUCUCGUCCAAAUAUUACUAAGAUUAAUCAGUAAUUACGUGUUGCUUGUUCGUUCGUUUGAAGAAAGUUGUCAAGUGAGUCUUGUUAUCAUUCACAAAAUGUGUGACAUAUUUAUAACCAACAGAUGCAUAAACGGUUCAAAACAUGCAUAUGCAUUCGGAUCGUUAUAUUAUGACAUUCAUGAAUGCUUGAAAUAGUUUCUGCUCUGUGGGGAAGAAAUAUCUGGAAUCAAUUAUUGAUAGUGGGAUCCCAGAAUUAGAGGUCUGCAUUUGAAUAAAUAAGUUUCAAUACCUCAAAGCGUCAUAUAAAGUGAAACGUUGCAUAUCGUAAGAACAAACAAUCUGGCUGGUAUCGGUGGUUAGUUGAAAAGUUAUCAAUCGAAUGGUUAUUAUGAAAUAUUCUAAUUUUAAUUUGGCCAUUGUUUUCAUAACAAGCUACCUUGUAUAAAACUAAACAGGAAGAAAGACUCAAAGUGGUUCCAUUCUCAAGAGGCUUAUAAAACCAAUCAUCAAAGUUGGAUCUCUUAUAUUUGAUCAACAUCUGACGGAACAAUUAAUCACACCCAAAUCAUGUUCCUUCGGUCCAUCAUUAAUAGUUUUCCGAAAAAGUGGAUCAUUCAAAAGAGAUAUCUUUCGAAGAUUCAAAUUCCUGAAUAUCUUCUAGAUAGAACGGUAAAACCAGAUAAAGUUUUAAGUCGCCUUACACCUGAGGAUACAGAAAGGUUGGAAUUUUGUAUGGCAGAAUAUCAAAAUAUGCUUGAAAAAGGUGCUGAUGUUCCUAAGUCUUUAAACAAAAGGAAUGUUCUGGACCUCUUGUGCUGCACCAGUCAUACAUCUCGAGUAAAAUUCCUGAGGUUUCUGUUCAAGUGUGAGAAGCGCGAAGAAAAUGCUCUUAUGAAAAAGUUAGAAAAGGUAACUGUUUGCCCUGAAAGAAAACCUGGAUCUUCUGACCGUAUUCUUCGAGUAAUUGAUGAUAAGUGUUCCCGUUCACAUUGGGAUUUUUGGCAAGCUUCUGAAAUACGAUGUCCCGAUUCAGCUCAGCCUUUAUUAUUUGAUUUCUCACAUGAAUCUGAGAUGAGAUUAGUUGAUCUAAAGUCUCUCUCUAAUCAAAUGACGUAUGUGCUGAACAGAAAUCGUAUAAUGAGACCCCAUCCAUUCCAUAUGGUGCUUUGUGGUUUAAAACAAGGAACGAAUCAGUUUGCUUACAUGGAAGAAGCUUUUGGUGUGACUGCGAAGCUAUCAACUAUCAAAAGUUUGAAUGAGUUACCGUGGACAAUCACUCCCAAUCAUUUUUCCCAUGAAUAUCCUAUUCAUGAUUUAGAACAGCCUGUUAUAUUGUUGUCUCCAAAUGCACGUCAAACAUUUGAAGCUGGUGAAUAUGACCAUAAUGCCGCUUAUGUCAUUGGGGCAAUAGUGGAUAAAGCUGUUCGGAGACCAAUUUCUUCUGCAAUAGCCCGACAGUUACGCAUAAAAUGUGUCAGUUUGCCUUUGGAUCGCUAUAUGAGAUGGGGAAGUGGCAAAAGCAAAACCCUAUCCAUAAAUUGCAUUCAUGCGAUAAUGUGUGCAGCCAAGGAAACUAAUGGAGACUGGAAGAGGGCCUUACUUGAAAAUAUUCCUUCACGAUUCUAUGCUCUUCCAUCAAAAGAAUCUGUUGUAUAUAAAAGUACAUAAAGCCGCGUUUGUCUUAACGUAUACUUUUUGAUAAUACAUAAUCAUCCCUAAUAUGUAAGUAGUCCUAUUCAUACUACUUCAAUGGAUGUAAACAUAGCUCUAAUAUUGCACAAACAUACGUCAAUUAUUCACGAUAUUCUUAAAUUACAUAUAUAACAAUUUGUUUAUUAUGUACACAAUACCAAAAACACUUUCAUUUCAUCAACUAACAUCCC